GAGCUAAAUAGUGUAUGCAGUGCAAUGUUUAUUCAAGGUACCUUGGACCACACGGAUUCGGAGGGGUUCAGAUCUCACCACCUAACGAGCACCGUGCAAUCUGGCAACCUUGGCGUCCGUGGUGGGAGCGAUAUCAACCUGUCAGCUACAAACUAACAAGCCGCUCUGGUAACGAGCAACAACUGAGAAAUAUGAUACAAAGAUGUAAUGACGCCGGUGUAAGGAUCUACGCAGAUGCUGUUAUAAAUCACAUGGCACGAGGAGAUUCGGGCUAUGGGAUAGCGCAAAGCUGGUAUGACGUUGAAGUACUGAGCUACCCGGGGGUACCUUACACGAGCUCACAUUUCGGUAGCCCCAAUGGCGAAUGCAGAUCUGACAGUGGUAAUGUGGAGGAUUUUACAGAUAUCAGCCAGAUUCGUAACUGUAGGUUGGAGGGUCUACCUGACCUUGAUGCAUCUCAUGAUGACGUCAAAUCUAGGAUUACUGCCUACAUGAACCGCUUGAUUGAUAUGGGUGUGGCUGGAUUUCGCGUCGAUGCUGCCAAAUUCAUUUGGCCGCAUGAUCUUGGUGAGAUUCUUGCAAAGCUAAAGAAUUUGAAUGAGACAUUCUUCCCAAGGGGGAGCCGGCCGUUCAUUUUCCAGGAAGUUACCAAUAAGGGUGUUAACGGGAAGAUGUGGGGGCAAGAGUACGUAGCGUACGGGAGAGUGACCGAAUUCAAGUACGGGUUAAAAUUGGGACAGGCUUUCAGCAAUCCAGGAAAUUUAAGCAAUAUUGAGAUUUUGAUUGGAUCUUUGGAUAUGCUCCCUGAUUCCCUUGCCUUGGUCUUUGUCGAUAAUCACGACAACCAGCGAGGGCAUGGGGGAGGACAAGGCGUCAUUACUUUCAAGGAGCCUCGACAGUAUAAGAUGUGUAACGUCUUCAUGCUGGCUUAUCCGUAUGGCAUCACCCGGAUUAUGAGUAGCUUCGACUUCAAUGACACCGAAGCUGGUCCUCCGUCAGACAUGAAAGGACACACCCUAACAGUUACUGUUAACAAAAACGGUGCAUGUGAGGAGGGCUGGGUGUGUGAGCAUCGUUGGAGAUCAAUCAAGAACAUGGUUGGGUUCCGGAACAUUGCAGCUGGGCAGCCGCUCACCAACUGGUGGAACAAUGGUAACCGGCAGAUUGCCUUUGGUCGGGGUGACAAAGCUUUUGUCGUCAUCAAUAAUGAAGAUUACCCACUCUUACAGACCCUCAAGACGGGCUUGCCGUCUGGCGAAUACUGCAACAUUAUUUUAGGAGACUUUGAUCCGUCAAUGGGUCUUUGUAGUGGACCAACGAUCCACAUCGACGGAUCAAGCAAUGCUUUUUUUAGGGUUGGAACUGGCAAUGAUUCAACUGCUGCCAUUCACGUCGGGGCUAAGGUCAGCAAGUCUGGUACUCGAUAUCCCUCUUGAGUUUGUAACCCUUUAAACAAAACUGAGGACCGACUUGCGACUGGCACUCUAUACAUUAUAGCAUGCAUGCUAUAAUGAGGUCAAAACACAAUCCUUGUAGAUGGCGUGGUGAGUAGAUAGAGUACGAUUUUCUGAACGGAAUGAUAUCUAGUUUGUCCAUUAUGUGAGGUACUAGAAACAGUUAGGAACAUUAAAGAUAGGUUAUGUUUUGUUGAAAAUGUUUAGACGUAUUGUCGCUAGGUCCGACCCAGCUGAAAAUCAAUUACUGGAACUUCUAUGACAGGCUGAAAAAGUAUGAAACGACCAUUAAUGCGAUGUAAGGGAUGAUACGACGCAACGUAUGAUUUCUAUGCUGCACCUUUUGUGCAAAAGUUUUCCUUUUUGUUGGGGAAUCAAACCGUCUCACAGUUGGCCCGUCUCACGUUGCGUAACGGACAAUAAGGCUGGAGCGUACAUUGUACAUGUACGUACCACUGUUUGACUGUAUAUCCAGCACGAUAUGUGGCAAAGGGGGACUCCCUAACGUGAUGGGCAAGUCAUAUACCUUAGACUAUUGUGGCUACUGCACCCCCAGGAAAUCUGAAAGGAAUUUCAAAGAUUCCGUCAACACAAAAGAAGACGCAGAAGGGGGACUCCUUUGCAAUAUAUCGCACAUCAAACGGCUGACUGUGCUUGGGGAUUAAUGCUUAAAGAAAAAACAAAUCUCACUUGCGGUGGGGCCUAGGUUUAUAUAACCCGAGUCUUAGUUUUGGGUUCUGUAUGCACAUAAUUUGUGACAAAAUUCGUCAACCAAUCAAUGGCCAAAAAGUUCAUGUCCCUUCAAAAGGGUUGUCCCCUGAGUCAGCUAAAGAAAUUUGUGGAUAACAAUAUACAUUUUUUAGGUCAUAGACUGAACUUUCUGCAGAAUCUAAAUUAAAUUAAAAAUAGGAAAUUAUAGCUGCAGUUACGUAUGCAAGUAUCUUGUGUUUUGGGACAACAAUUAUGGCAUCAUUUUACCACAUUGUUUCAUUGGAUGCGCUUUAAAUUAAUAUCUAAUGAAAGAUACGUUCUUCAGCUGUAUUACAGAAGUCUACACUUUGGCAGUGUCGUUCCUCGUAGCAGCGAAAUCCGUCGAAUCUUGACGCUCUCUUCUUGAAUAUGCAAGACAUGGUCACAAGCACAGAAACGUGCAUACGUACAUAGCAAAGGAACCAAGCACCUUUUUGUGAGUCCAUGGACUGACUGAUUAAUUAAAAAUCGCCUGCUUGGGAGCUCAGUUCCACUUCAAGAAUGCUCAGAAUAAAAAAAGGAUACUGUCAACGAGGGCGGCAAACAAAUCUAGCGAUUUGAUGAUUUCAUAAUAUGGCUCUUGUUUUCCCGGUG